UGUCGUAUUGAGAAUUAUGGGAUAAGGUUAUGAGAUUGGAUUGUAUACCUAACAUUAGUCAUAUUCAUCUAUACCUAAAACCUUCCGCGGGCCGACCUCGAAUUUAAUUUGCCGACGCACAGUCCUUGUUAAAUUUCCAACAACAAUCAGCUGAUGGAAGUGGAAGAGAGUACAGAAAAUGGGCGCUGAUGAGCACAUUGUGAUGGUGCCACUGAUGGCUCAUGGCCAUCUGAUUCCUUUUCUGGCUUUAGCAAGACAGAUCCAACAAAGAACAGGUUUCAUCAUAACCAUUGCCAACACUCCUCUCAAUAUCCAGUACCUCAAAUCCACCAUUUCCACAGACUCAAAUCCAAAACUACGUCUUGUUGAGCUCCCUUACAGCAGCUCCGAUCAUGGCCUCCCAUCCAGUACUGAAAACACUGAGAACUUGCCGUUUGAUCUAAUUGGUACCUUUUAUGCAUCUUCAAAAAGCCUUAGCACCCCAGUUCAUAAACUCAUAAUAGAUAUCAAAGAGAAAGAAGGCAAGCCUCCUCUUUGUAUGAUAACAGAUGUUUUCUUUGGAUGGGCUGUGGAUGUUGCAAGAAGUGCAGGAACUAUUAAUGUUACUUUUUCGACAUCCGGUGGCUAUGGCACCUUGGCAUAUAUGUCCUUGUGGCUGAAUCUUCCUCAUCGGAAAACAGAUUCCGAUGAGUUUCGUAUACCGGGGUUUCCCGACAGAUGUCGUUUGCAUAUCACACAACUGCAUCGAUUUUUAAGAAUGGCCGAUGGAAGUGAUGAGUGGUCUAGAUUUAUGCAGCCACAGCUUUCGCAGUCAUUGGGAUCAUAUGGAAUGUUAUGCAAUACAGUUGAAGAAAUCGAGCCACAAGCAGUUGAAUGGCUUAGAAAUUAUACAAAGCUUCCUGUUUGGACUAUUGGUCCUCUUCUUCCCCGGCCUUUCCUCGAGAAAUCAUUACCUUCAGGCUUUACCGAUUAUAAACAACACUCAGGUAAAAUUCCUGGAGUAUCUCCUCAGAUGUGUGUUGAAUGGCUCGAUUUGCAAGAUCCUGAUUCGGUUCUUUAUAUUUCUUUCGGUUCACAAAACACUAUUAGCCCAUCGCAAAUGAUGGAAUUAGCUAUAGGAUUGGAAGGAAGUGAGAAACAUUUCAUUUGGGUCAUAAGGCCACCUGUUGGUUUCGAUUUAAGAGGUGAAUUUAGAGCAGAAUGGUUACCUGAAGGAUUCGAAGAACGAGUGACGAAAAGAAAACAAGGCUUGUUGGUGAAAAACUGGGCACCCCAAUUGGAGAUUUUGUCGCAUAAAUCGACCGGAGCAUUUUUAAGUCAUUGUGGAUGGAAUUCAGUGAUGGAGAGUUUAAGCCAAGGAGUGCCAUUGAUAGGGUGGCCUAUGGCGGCAGAGCAAUCUUACAAUUCAAUGAUGUUGGUGGAGGAAAUGUGUGUUUCUGUGGAGUUGACAAGAGGGCCGCUAAGUAUUGAAGGGAAAGAGGUGAAAAGGGUAAUAGAAUUGGUUUUGAGUAAAACAGGUAAAGGAGAAGAAAUAAGGCGAAAUGCUGCAAAGAUUAGAGAGCAAAUGAGGGCAUCAGUGAAGGAAGAAGGAGAAGAGAAGGGAUCUUCUGUAAAAGCAUUGGAUGAGUUUUUGAGAAACAUUUUGUCAAGGAGACAAGUGCAACAAUCGAUUGGUUGAAAUAAAUUUUAUAUAAUUUGUUUUUCUGUUCUUUUUUGGAUGAACAUCUCAAGCUUUAUUUAAUUUUCUUAAUUCUGGAAGAUUAUUCUGAAUAAGAUUAUAUUCUAUUCUGAGCUCAA